GGAUAAAUACGUGGUGGUGAAUGGAAAUACAAAGAAGGAAAACAGGAACAUGAAAACCCUCUCUCAAUCUAAUCCAUUUCUUCUUCCUCUUUCUUCUUUUCUUAUCCUCCUUUUCCCUUUCUAAUCAUCUUUCAUGUGCAAAGCCGUCUGUCCUCUAUAACUACAAUCCAAUUCAUCAUCACCCCAAUUCCUAAAGUCGCUUUGAGAAGAGUGUGAGAAUGGUUACUGGGUGGAGAAGAGCCUUCUGCACAUCCAUCCCCAAAGAUACAGAACCCAAAGUCUUGACCGAGAGAAAACAACAUUGCCACAACAAUAACAACGACUCCAAUCACAGUCCCAAAAUCACUUCCAAGUUUGGAUUUUUCUCAAACCCAUCAACUCCCCGCUGCGAAUCUCAGCCUCCUCCCACCCCUACCCUCCGGUGUCGAACCACCUCUUCAGUCCCUAACAGCCCAAAAAUUCAAUGCAAAACUCCAAGGUUGUUCCAUAACUCAAACCCCUCCUCCCCCAAGUCACCAUCCAGCUUCUCACUUUUCAAAGCCACUCUACGCCUAUCCAAAAGUCGAUGUGGAAUCUGUACGCAGAGUGUGAGGAGUGGGCAAGGAACCGCAAUUUUCACGGCGGAAUGCUCUCACACGUUCCACUUCCCUUGCAUAGUGAAGAAGCACCCGAUCCUAACCUGCCCCGUGUGCAACACUAGCUGGAAGGAACUUCCGGUGCUCUCCAUCCACCACAACGACGAUAACAACAAGAAAACCUUCAAAGUUUACAACGAUGACGAACCUCUCAUGUCUCCUACUUCACUCUCUCGUUUCAACCCCAUUCCCGAGUCUGAUAACGAGGAGGAAGAAGACAACAACAAAACAGAAUUUCAAGGCUUCAACGUUGCUCCGCUUCCCAAUUUAUCUUCCUCGCCGGUAAUCAGGAGGAACCUCGAGCUGUCGUUGCUGCCAGAGGCAGCCAUUGUCGCAGCCAACCGAAACUACGAGACCUACGUUGUGGUUUUGAAGCUGAAGCCACCUCACGCUCCGAAACCGCCUCGUCGAGCUCCAAUUGAUCUGGUAGCCGUGCUCGACGUAGGCGGCGCCAUGUCAGGCAACAAACUCCGCCUAAUGAAAAACUCCAUGCGACAAGUAAUCUCAUCGCUCCGCCCAACGGAUCGUCUCUCGAUCGUUGCAUUCUCCGCCGGAUCGAAGCGGUUGCUUCCGCUGCGGCGAAUGACCGGCGGCGGCCAGAGAUCGGCGCGUCGGAUUGUCGACGCACUUGCCGCGAUCGACCAGUCCCGAGAAGGAACUCCGGUGAAGAACGACGCCGUCAAAAAGGCCGCGAAGGUGCUCGAGGACCGCCGCGAGAAGAACGGUGUCGCGAGCAUCAUAGUCCUAUCCGAUAUCCCCGAAUCACGUGCCGGAAACAGUAUUCACAAACCCUCGCUGGUGUCCACCACUCGCCUCUCGCACCUCGAAGUCCCAGUCCACGCGGUACGCCUGGGGGAUUCUCCUCACGCGCUCUCCGACGACGCUCUCGCGAAAUUCGUGGGUGGUUUAUUGAGCGUGGUUGCUCAGGACGUUAGGAUUCAGUUAGAGGUGGUGUCGCGAUCGCGAGCAGUGGAGAUCGCUGGCGUGUACUCAUUAGCGGGUCGACCCGUUUCGCUUGGUUCCGGUUGGAUCCGAAUUGGGGAUCUCUACGCAGAGGAGGAGAGAGAAUUGUUGGUGGAACUGAAGGUGCCUGCCGCCUCCGCUGGGUCCCACCACGUUCUAACCGUACGAUCCUCUUAUCGGGACCCCCUUACUCGAGAGUCUUUGAAUCCCGUUGAGCAGGCAAUGCUCGUUCCUCGUCCCCACACCGUACGAUCCUCCUGCCCCAAGAUCGAACGCUUACGAAACCUCCACGUCACCGCCAGAGCCGUAGCCGAGUCUACACGGCUCGCCGAACACAACGAUCUCUCUGGGGCUCAUCAUCUGCUCUCCUCGGCUCGAGCCCUUCUAAUUCAAUCCAGUAAGCCGGAAGAGGAGUUCCUGCGCUGGCUCGAAGCGGAGCAAGCCGAGCUUCAGCGGCGCAGACAGAGGCCAAUGCGUAUUAACAGUCGCGCCGAAGAAAAAGUAGAGCCGCUUACGCCGACUUCGGCUUGGCGAGCCGCUGAGCGGCUGGCUAAAGUUGCUAUUAUGAGGAAGUCUAUGAACAGAGUUAGCGACUUGCAUGGAUUUGAGAAUGCGAGAUUUUAGUUGUAAUUUUGAUUUGAAUUUUUUAAAUAUAAUAUUGUGCAUAGAUAAAAAAAAAUAUAUUAAUAGAGAAUUGUUUCGCAAAAA